AUGCCGCACAAGGGGUGCAAUAAAUGUUCUGCCUCAAAGGCGAACAACGAGUCCAGCGAGGACGAACGUUCGCCGGACAACAAAAUUGUAUUUCUCAGGAUGCGUCUGGCGGCGUCGGAGAGCCGAAACACUUCCUCGUAUCGCGAAGCAUGGCCACCGGCGGAGGACUCGCUGAGAAGCAGCCAGUUGCGGGAAGUUGACACUUUUGGUGAUGAAUGGGAGGACGUUGAACACACCGCAUCGGAGAGCUUAGUAUCUCAGUCUUUCAGGGACUUGCCUUGUAACUUUGAUAACCCUAAGUAUGGCAAGUACGUGCCGAAGCAGUCUGCGGAAACUGGUCGUCCCCGCCUCGUAAAGUCAACACCACAAUUUGUUGCGGGUACGACCUUCGAACGCUACCCCUCAACGGACCUGGAGUCAACUGUGCAUACGCUGCCCGCCGUGCCCAUCAAUGAAUCCAGGAACUCGCGCUCCGAGUCGAAUGGCAACGCGAAGCUAGUGCUACCACCACCGGUAGAGGGCGACGUGAAGGAGUCAGGUGUGCUGCCCCAAUGUAUCCGCAGCAAUAAAACCAAAGUGACGAUGAAGCGCCGCUGUUCCUGGGAUAACUUAUUUCACACAGCAACCGGAGAUCGUGGACCUCAGCAGGCUCUUGUGCCCGAUUCAGAUCGUGUCACCGCGGUCACCACGAACGAGGAUCAGAUCGCUUCCCAACCCCAGAUGCAGAUGAUGCCGCCGCUCAGAAUUUCGCUUCGCUUGCAGCCAUCUGGCCGCAGUGGGUGUGUGUUUCUAGGCGCACGUGGUGGGGGAGAUUUUACGGUCCCUAAGCCCCCUGUUGUCCGCAAGUUGAUUCUACCCCCGUUGCGGCGGGGUGGAGGGACACCUCAGUUUGAUAUGGCGGGUGCGGCACCCACAGGUAUCGACUCCGAAGUGGGAAAAGGUUGUGUGGAGGAGGAGGAGGAGGAGGAAGAAGAAGAGGGGGAAGAGGGAUCAUUAAAUGGCACGCUGUCAGAGGAGGUGAACAUUACUCUUGCUGCUGUGCCGUCACUGGAUGUCACCGGGGAAUCAAAUGCGGCGGACGUUACGGCCUCCUUCUGGGUGAUACCGGUGCUUGUGCUCGGACGGAAAGAAGAAGUGCAACGAAGCCGGCUUCGGCGUUACGAAGUCGAUGAGCGCGCGAAGAUACUUAACCUUCUUGUGAACGCUCACAAGGUUUUCGUCACUCGGUCAGUAAAGGCAACGUGGGAUACGUUAACUACUUAUUCUUCCUAUUCCCUUUCUAGCUCUGAGAGGCGUGUGGAAUGGGCACCAAAAGAAAACAAGCAACUGGUUGCUCCAGUUGUCGGUCUCCCACGUGUCAGUGAAGGUGCUAUGGAGGGCAACGACAUUUUGGCUCCUCAACAUCUGGAAGGUUCCAAAGGGGAACACGUUUGGGGGGUUUAA